AUGGGCAAGAACAAGAUCCGCAGCAAGGACAAGUCAAGGAAAGACAAGACUUCCAUCAGCGAUACCACUGGCUCAAGCACCCCCUCGACAUGGACAUCUGCUCACGGGGCCGUCAUAACCAGAUCCACUAGCAAUACAUCUGAUCGCCGGCAGUUACCAUCAGAACCCCCUGAGAAAACGCUCUGUGUUGCUACCAUCACCUCGCUCAAAGACACGACUACAUCCAAGUCUUCCUCCGCGUCAUCGCCCACUCCUCCGAUAACACGCGGAAAGGGCACAAAAGACAAACGAGACUCGGUCAUCUCAAGCACAUGGGAAGGUCCAAAGCAGCAGUCCGAACCUAAAGCUACCACCGCAGCCCGACCUCGAUGGGGCUUCAGGCCUCGCAACUGGUGGCCAUGUCGCAUCAUACGCCGGAUAUACCGCUUCUUCGUCGCCCUGACCCGGAUACGCUGGACCGACAAACAAACGUCCAAGGACCUCAUAUUGACACUGACCUUCAUCGGUAUAGUCGUGGCCGGUGGCUACGUCGCCCUGGACAUACUGCUCAAAGCGAUACCCGGUGUCUCGGCUCAAGCCCGGGUUGUCUACUUCCGUUUCCACGCUAUCCACGAUUCUGUCGCCGUCUACGAUCUCUACGCUUUCGAAUGCAAUCACCUCAUCAGUCGACUUAUUAAGCACUCUCCCGGGUCUGAGCUCCAGUAUACUCCCAAGCACGCCUGGCGGACCAUCUUCGGCGCUUCCAACCGGUUCGAAUGUACCGACGACUUCUAG